UGAAUAAUAAUAUACUUGCUUUGUACUGUUCAUUUAUUUUUGAAUUAAAUCCAUAUUUAUGCAGGAUCCAUUCCAUUUUUUACCCUGUUGCUUCUUCUUGUUUUAAUAUACCCACUAUUUAAGUAUCGUGUUCCCAUUAUAUUCCUCAAUUCAGGAGCACAGUACCUACUUUCAUUUUGAUAUGGUUUACCCAUAACCAUUUUUUGGUUAUUUCAUGAACAUGUAACUCUUCACAACAGACCACAUAGCCACUGUCUUUUUAUCAGCAUUUGCACCUCUGAAAAAUUCUCUAUCAGUUUUCCUAUCUUUAGUAAAUGUUCUAAUAGGAUACACAAAAUUAUUGACUUCUUUUACCUUUUCAAUAGUUAUGUAUACCCACUUUUUCAUUCAAUUUUCUCUGUUAAGCAUAACUACUUUGGUGUUUAGUACAUUAUCUUUAAAUGCAUAAUGACUCAUAUAACAUAAAAACAUGCAUUGCAAAUAAUUAUACUACCAAGUUCUAUAUAGAUUUAUUCAUAAAUUUGUUAAACUAGUAAGGGAAUUUCCAAAUCCUUCUUUUACUCUCUUGCUCUAUGUUGAAUCAUUGGCUAAGCACUUCAUUUAUACUGAUUCAUAACCUAUUUCUAUUACAUGUCUCUUUCAUCACAUUUUUCUUAAUUUCAUUGCAUCAAUUAAUAUAAAUUCAUCAUUACUCCUCUUACAUUCUAAGUUGCAAUCUUUCAUUGCCAAGGUUGUCAACAAACAGUCCUACAGAUAUUGACUUCUGAUGUCUGUCAUGACUUUAAUUAAUCAAGGUUUUCACAAUGCUUUUCAGUAAGAGAAAGUGUAAACUAGGUGACAAAUCUUAGUUCUACCCAUGGCAAACAUCCUCUGCUAAUAGUAAAAGCAAUAACGAUCAGUUUUGGCACAUUUUGGCUGGUGUGUCAAAAGCCCAAGCCAACCAGAAUCAAUAUUGUGGUCAUGCUAUUCUAUGCAAGCUAAGAUCUGUAAACAGCCUUGUAAGCCAACAUACUGUUGUUCACAUCCCACUUAUCUGAAAGUACAUGCAAGGUACUGCCAUACACUAACAGAAACAUAUUUUUUAAAAGAGAAAAUGCACCUGAGGCAAAAGGAUUGUGUAUUUAGGAAAAUAUUGUUAAAAAGUAGAAUGGAUGUAGAAUUCUUUAUUGUAAUGGCACAAACAUUCAUUCAUUGUAGACAGGGAUGAUUGCAGUUCUCAUCUGAUUUUCAGGUUCUUCACUGCAUAGGAUAAUGGAAUCUUGAUUAAGCUGACCAGCUGGGCGAAGAGGCAGUGUCCCUUAUAUCUAGGUAUCCACUUGAUAUAUGAGGUCAUUUCUGUAUUGUGCAUUAUCUGUAUAAUGACAUCAUUCUACAAAUGACUAUUGACAUAAUUUGCAUCCAAUGACAUAAAUCAUUGCUAAUUAUCAUACCUCUCUGGAUUACUUAAGAUGCAAAGGAACUUCCCUCUAUUUUGGGGGGAGGAAUACCAAACAGAAAUUUGGUGCCUUGUAUCUGAGGUCUGCUAAUUGGUGAUCUGCUAGAGAUUUAAUUCAAUUCCUAUUAUUAAUUUUGCUGUAUCAAGGAUGAGUGUUGGUGCAGGGUAAGGUUCUACUGUAGAUAGAGUUACCAUGAGAUAAGAUGGGUGGCCUAUAAAUUUUAUAAAUAAAUAAAUAGAAAACAGAUUCAGUUUUCUAAUCCAAGACAUGACCCCAUAUAUUUUGCCAUCCAUGCAAAUCUUUAUAUGUGUUACAUGAUUUGAGGUUAUUUAGCCUGUAAACAAUAAGUAAAUAAUAAUCCUCUAAUCAAACAUUGAUACAUAUCACAAAAAUUCAAAGUGAAGUGCCACAAUUUUUCUUUGGGUGAAGUAAGAGUUCCCCUGAAAAUAUCGCAUUUUGUUUUAAAAGUUGUUGUUCUGUUAUUUACAGUUUUAAUUAAUGUGGCAUGAAACUUACAUAAGUUAAAUAUUACACAAGUUAACAAGUCUGUAAAAAUACAAGUUCUAUCCUUGGAGCUACUUUUAAUAUAUAAGUUGAAAACAGUUUCUGUUGCAUGCAUAAGUAGACAAACAUGUUGCUGUUUUCAUAUACAUUCACAUUAGCUAAUAUUCACAUGAGGGGGGGAAAUGACUGUUUUCAACAUCUCCCAAAUUAGGAAUUCCUCUUUGAAGAUUUUUUUUAAAAAAACGAGGCAGUCCCUUAAACAAUCAAGCUGUAAGCUGUUUAGGGCUUUAAAAUAUGUCUGCUAAACCAGCAAUUGUCAGCAAGUAUUACUCAGUACAGUUGUCUUAUGAACCUUGGAAUUUGUACAUGCUUCAAAAACCGGAACAUGUUAAGAAAAAAAAUCAUGAAAAACAAUAAUUUCAAACGAUUAGUUAAAAUCAUACAUCAUUUGAGCAAGUUAACCCUAAAAGAUGAAUUCUACAUUUUUAAAAGAAAAAUAAAUAAAAGGUCAUAUCUGCAUAUCAGCUGUGGUAUACCUCAGGAUCACCUGAAUGGUGCAAAUGGAUGUGGAACCUUCGUGGAACUGCUGAAAAGACUGUGUUGUAAACAGGAGAUAGGGAUCUGAAAGAGGGGCCAAAGGGGCCAUCUACAUUAAGAUUGAACAUCCCUGUCUCAAUGGGGGGGGGAAGGCAAGGAAUAUGACACCCUCUAUCUCCUUUUUUACAACACAGUCCUUUCAGCAGUUCCAAGAAGGUUCUACACCCAUUUGCACUAUUCAGGUGAUCCUGAGAGCACAGCUAAAUCUCCAAGUGGCCUCAGUGACUCUCAGAAAGAGGCUAAUAACCAGAUGACUGCAAGGAAUAUACAUCUUUCCAUUCUCCAUCAUCUUCUUGGACAAGAAGCGAAAUGUCUUUUGAAAGAAAACACUUUUGGGACAGUUAUUUUGAGGUGUUUUAGGAAAGCUCUCUUAACUUAAUAUUUGAGAAAGGUAAACUUUUAAAAAAGAAACACUUUUUCUGCUGCUAUCAAGUGGACUAAAGUUGUCUCACAAGAAUAUAUAAUUACAGUAUAGUAGUCAUUAUGUUGUUCAGUGACAAUAUAUAUUUGCACUGAUGUGAAUAAAAAGAAACUUAAAAGAAACUUCAAAUCCUACCAUUUAAUCUCAAUUAAAUACACACUUUCUUGAAGAUUACAGUUUAGAACUGUAAAGGAACCCCAUUUUUUAAAUUUUGUCCAAGCACUUAGCAACCUCCUAAAAUUUGGAGAAGCAGAGAAACAAAAAAUGGCUAAUGGAAAAGUUAUUCUAGAGCUAUAUUUAGAAAGAAUAACUACCUUGACUCCUUUUUAGACAUUCUCAGCAUUCUAUCCAUUUACAAAAGGUAGUUAUAUAAUCAUAAUUUGAAAGCCUGAGGGCCAUAAUUUAUUUUUCAGCAGCAUGCCAGUAUACAAAUUAAUAUUGAUUUCAUUUGGUUAAUAAUUUUAACAUUGGAUUAAAAUGUAAUUUUACAUCUAUAUUCAGUUAUUUCAUGUUUUCCCUCUUCUAUUACAUUAACAAUUCAGUGUGGUAAUGAAAUAUGGAGAUGUCAAUGGAAUUUAGGUUGCCCUAUUACCUUCCCUUCCACAAGAGAUCAGCUCCCCCCCUUUCCUUACCUGCUCUGUAAUGUCCAAAUUUGGAUGAGCAGGCAACAGUUUUGCCAGAAUGGCUUACAUUUAUUGACCACAGCUAGCAAAGAACCUGAAGGAGGAGGGAAUUAGAAAAACAGGUUUUCCCUGUAAGUGCACUGAAUUAUCUUCAUGAUGAAUGGUUGCUGUUCCUCAGUUCACUAUUGCAAAAGAAUUGGAGAGACGUGUUCAAAGUCUGAAAGAUUUAUUUAUUUAUUUAUUUAUUUAUUUGUCUAUCUGUCUGUCAUCUAUCUAUCUAUCUAUCUAUCUAUCUAUCUAUCUAUCUAUCUAUCAAAUUUAUUUGUUGCUCGUCUUUAACUUCCCGAAUGGUUCAGAACGGUACGAGUAGCAAAGACAUCCACUUUUUUUUUUUUUGCUUAUUAUGCUUUCUGCUUAUCAUGUUUUGAUAAGCAUGUAUGAGCACUCAAAGAUACAGCCUUGGCAAAAAUCAGUUGCUUCCACAAACACCUCCCUGUUAGAUGCCAAGCCUACAUUUAAAUCUCAGGGAGGAAAAAACCCAGAGUUAAAAUAAAACUUUUUCAAGCAAUUACAGUAAAUGUCCAUCAAGUAUCUUAACUCAUGCGUAGGUAAAGCCAUAACUAUGAUCUCCUAGAUCAGGGGUGUCCAACCAUGGCAAUUUUAAGACUUGUAGACUUCAACUCCCAGAAUUCUUCAGAUAGCUAUGCUGGCUGCCGAAUUCUGGGAGUUGAAGUCAUCAGAUCUUAAGUUGGCAAAGUUGGACAAACCUGUCCAAGAGUGUGAUUCAUCUUACAAAAGGUCAUCUGAAUUUACUGAUGAAAGAAGGAGAAAUAUGCUGAUACUUAUUCAUAAUGACUUCUAAAGCAAAGGUUAGAUGAGAUUAUAAGUUUGAAAAUUUUACCUUCAUUCCCAAGCAUAUGAUGAAAUGUUGAGAAAGUUCGGGUGGAAGUGGCCAAGGUACGACAAAAGACUCAGUUGAGGAACGCCCAUUUUGCAUUUUAUUGGUGAUGACACUCAUACUUUUAUAAAACCCAGCCAGUGAAGUAACACCAUUGCAGAGGCUUCAGCCUCAUGGUAUUCAUGAUGGAGAAAACACCAAGUUUCUACCAGCUCACACUCAUUGGUUCUGCUUUCUGUCUUGCUUAUGUCCUGGUUAAAAUCAUCCAACUGUAUCACUUGAGACAAAAGCAGAUUAAGGCUUAUAAGAAUUUCCCAGGCCCUCCUACUCACUGGCUGUAUGGCAACAUCCAUCUGAUACCUACCCAGAAAGAACUACAAUAUUUGUUGGAGUGGUCUCAACAAUAUUCUUAUGCUUUUCCCAUAUGGUUCGGGAGCUUUUUUUCUGCUGUAAUUGUUGCUCACCCAGAAUAUGCCAAAACUUUGUUUGCCAGAGGAGAUCCAAAGCCUGAAUUCAUCUAUGCAUCUUUGAUUCCUUGGAUUGGAAAUGGACUGCUUGUCUUAGCUGACACAAAAUGGCACCAGCACAGGCGAUUGUUAACACCAGCUUUUCACUAUAAUAUUUUGAAGCCUUAUGUGGCAUUAAUUGCAGAUUCCACCAAAGUUAUGCUGGAUAAAUGGGAGAAACUGAUUGCAAAGGAGCCCACAAAGUCUUUGGAGAUGUUUGACCAUGUUAGUUUAAUGACUCUUGACAGCAUCAUGAAAUGUGCAUUCAGUCAGAAGAGCAAUUGCCAAACUGACAGAGAUCUAGAUUAUUAUGUCCAAGCUGUGUCUGACUUAACUCUUCUGUCAUUUCGGAGAAUUACCUCCACUAUACUUUUGAGUGAUUUCCUAUAUUCAUGUACCCCGUCAGGAAAAAAAUUUAACCAGGCUUGUAAAUUGGCACACCAUCAUACAGAAAAAGUAAUUGAAGAGCGAAAGAAAUCACUACAUAAUGAAAGAGAGCUUGAAAAGAUCCAAAAGAAGCGACAUUUGGAUUUUUUAGACAUUCUUCUCUGUGCCAAAUAUGAAGACGGAACUGGACUAUCUGAUGAAGACCUCCAUGCUGAAGUGGACACUUUCAUGUUUGCAGGCCAUGAUACCACAGCUGCUGGCUUCUCUUGGCUACUAUAUAUAAUGGCUAAGAAUCCAGAACAUCAGCAGAAAUGCAGAGAAGAAAUCAAGGACCUCUUGGGGGAUCGGGAGGACAUCCAGUGGGAUGAUCUUGGUAAGAUGACCUAUUGCACCAUGUGCAUAAAAGAGAGUCUUCGUAUAUACUCUCCAGUUCCAGUGGUGUUCCGAAAGCUCAGCAAACCUAUUACCUUCUUUGAUGGACGCACUUUGCCUGAAGACAUUAUAGUUGCAGUUGACAUUUAUUCUCUUCAUAAAAACCCCAGCAUUUGGCCAGAGCCUUUGGAGUUUGAUCCUAUGAGGUUUUCAUCAGAGAAUGCCUCUGAAAGACAUUCUCAUGCAUUUAUUCCUUUUGCAGCUGGAUCAAGGAAUUGCAUCGGACAGCAAUUUGCCAUGAAUGAACUAAAAAUAGCACUUGCUCUAACGCUGCUUCGCUUUGAACUAAUGCCCGACCCAGAAAAAACUCCGAUUCCACUCUCUCAGGUUGUGCUCAGAUCUGAAAAUGGAAUAUACCUCAUUUUAAAGAAACUCAACUGAUCCUGAAAAAUUAUUGCAGGAGUUGAUACCAAGAAUGCCGUAAGACAUUCGUGACUGUUCAAAACCACCAGGAGCAUAAUGCAUACUACAGCUUUUUUUUAAUCAUAAUCAGUCUCUCCACUUUGCUAAAAACUAUUCUUAUUUUUAACUUUAAUUACUUGUAAAUUCUUAAAAACUCAUCUUUCACUAUUUGUCAGAUGAAUGCAUCACAACCUGUCAUGGAGUCAUGUGUUCCCGUAUCUCAGAAAGUAAAAUAUAGCCAAGAAAGCUCUGCUAAUAAGUUACACCUUAAUAUUUCAUGCAAUAAUUGUCCAACAGCAGCUUAAUUGUAGAGCCCAAGCCUUUAAUUUCAAAUUGUUCUAUGCUUGUGAUUUCCCCAUGCAUUUAGAUAGCAAUAGUAAUAGCACUUAGACUUAUAUACUGCUUCACAGUGCCUUACAGCCCUCUCUAAGCAGUUUACAGAGUCAGUAUAUUGCCUCCAACAAUCUGGGUCCUCAUUUUACCGACCUCAGAUGGAUGGAAGGGUAAUCAACCUUGAGUCGCUCAGAAUCAAACUCCUGGCGUGAGCAGUGAGUUAGCUUGCAGUACUGCAUUCUAUCCAGCACACCACCACGGCUAUUGUGCAGAUGACUGCACUUCUUCGAGUCCAUUGCUGCUUCAAGUACAAAUGACUGACCAAUUGAAAAGGUGAGAGUUAUUGGGUUUCACAAUAUUUUUUGUUUCUUUCUACAACUUUGUCUCUGCGGAAAGUAUAGUAGUUGAACAUAAAAGAGCAAUACAACAAUGAAAGGAAGCAUCAACUGCACAGCAGUACAGCAACAAGGCAAAACAAACUGAAGAGAGCUGAAGAAGUUUGUUGGAUGAGAAGCAAAACAUCUUCAAAGAAAAACAAGAAAGUCUGGUUGCCUCGUGAAAAAGCAUCUUUGGGACAACUAUGACCUGGAUGACUGAGAAUCUCCAUAGAGACAAAGACACAUAUUGUCCCCCCUCCCCCCAGUUGAACACUGACAAAUCUAUUGCAACAAUAAUAGAUUCCCCUUUUGCAAAGCAGGUCCAAAAUUUAUAAGCUUGUACAUCUAUUUGCAACCCAACUGAGCUGUCACACAUUACAUAGAUGAAAAGAAAAAUAGUUAACAGAUUAAACAAUAGCAAAGUUAAAGUUCAAAGUACUGUGUUAACAAUCUGUUAUUGUAAUUUACUCCAUGUUUUCUUAUUUACCACAAAUCAGCCUGAUCAUUAUCUCUGGAGUCCAGGGUCAAAUACUCUCAUUUGGUUCUUAAUAGUGAAAACUUUCCUUAUUGUUUCAUUGGGAACUUUCCCUCUAAUUGCAUCUCAUUUCCAAAGUUCAUAAGUCUCUGUUGUAAAUAUCUCAGCAAUAUCCAUUGUUGAAUAAUUCUCCUUGAUAACACAGUUUCCUCUUGCCCAGAAAGUUCAAAUGUUUACCAAUAGGGUAUGAUAACUCUAUCUUCUUAAAAGAGUUCAGUUCAUCACUCAUCAAAUCUGUCAAUUUUAAGUCUGUAAAAUCCAGAUCUCCUUCAAAUUUCUGCAACAAGCCUUCUGCUUUCUAGCCAAACUGCCCUUUCUUCAAAUCUAUCAGCAAGGACUUAGAUUCCAGUCCAUCUAAUUGCAAGUCUGGCUUGGCUGUAAUUGUUUGCAUCUGGGUAUCCUCUUUAGGUUGAUUUAAGACCCAGGAAAUUUUAUCAAGCUUUUUAACCAAAGUUUUCAAUUUGAACUUGUAGAUUAAAAAAACAUUUUUUUCGAAGGCAAAUCACCAGGUUUUAUCUUUAAACUGAUGCAUUGUUUGCAUUUUUAAUAUAGAGCAGACUCUCCUACAUCUGAGCUUACACAAUUCCUUUCAAAGACAAAAAGGUUACAUGCACUGUAACAAAAUGGCCAGAAAACAUUAAAAUAUUUCUCAAAAUGAAUAUAUGAAGAAAAAAAAGGAAACAUUCCAUCAAUUUUUUUUUUUAAAAAAAUCCAGACCAAAGCUUUUUAAGAGUUAAACCCUGUAAUGAAAUCUGAUACAGAUGUAAAUCCAAUCUGGUCAGUAUCACUGCUCAAAAAGUUGCCCUUAGCUUCCACACUGAAAAGGAAAGUAGUUCACUCACCACCACCACCCCAAAAAAACAACACCCCUCAGUAAAGGUGUUAAGGAAAGAUGAAAACUCUCUGAUCACUCCUGCCAGGAAUUGCAAACUCCAGGAGUCCUCUUCUCAGGACUGUUCUUGGUUGUCUGAUACUUGUCUUGGGUCAUUCUUGCUGUUCCCUUUCAAUCUAGGGAGUCAGGUGCCAAAGAAUCUUGCUUGGCAGCAAAAUCAGCUGUUCAUCGGCAGGAGAAGCAAAUCCCCACCACCCCUCUUGGAGGCCUCUCCACUUGUUCUACACAAUUUUGGGAGGCAUGGGCUUACCAAUAGUUCAAUUGAGGCAUGCUUUUUUUAUUUCUUCCUACACAUUGGGAAAGCAAUUUGUGGGAUUUUCUUCCUAAUAUGCUAAAAUAUCUUGUCUGUUGGUUGAUUUGGAGUAUUAUGAUCCUUAAUUUGUCUCAUUUGGGAUAUGAUGAUUCUUAAUGCUGGUAUUUGGGAAUGCCAUUUGCUGUUUACAAUAGUCAGAAAAAAUGCUUUGGCAAGAUCUGAAUGUUAGAGAAAAUGGUUUUUUUUAUAAAGAAAAGGAUUCCCACCACAUUUGUCAUAAGUUGAAUAUUUUAGAGGUACUUCAGAGACCCUUAUUCUAAUUUGGUUUAAAAGUUAAGGAGAAUUGUGAAUGCAAAUACUCCACUGGGCCCACUUUGAAUCUGGACUAAAGAUUAAAGGUCUGGAAUAUUUAUUCUGAAUGCAAGAAUUAUAAUAGAUUGAAUAUAAACGAAUUGCACAGAU